AUGAGAAAGGUGUUGCGGCUGCGUCGGAAGGGGGUAGCUAGAGCGGAGGGGGAUGGGAAGGAGAACAGACAAGUGGGGGAGGAGAUUGGGGAAGGACGCGCUUCAAAAAGGCAACGGUGCGAGAGAAAUUCCGGAUCCGGACCGGCUUUGGUCGACAUUCGCGUUCAACCUAGUGGGGAGGGCGGGCGCGUGGAUGUCGGUGGUCAACGAUUAUCGACACCCACAACAGGGAAUGUAGCAGUGGAGGUGGUGUGUGACGGCAGUCUCGCAAAUGAGGAGGCUAAUGUAGGAGGGGGGAAGACAGUUGAAGUGGGAGGUGGUGUGUGGGUGGAGAGGGGAGACAUGGAGGAUUUGAGAUGGGAGGAUGUACGCGAGAUGUGGGGCUAUGAUCCGCAUCCUAUCCAUGGUGUCCGUCUGUGCUCGGAGGCGUCGUUCCUCAUCAUCCAGGCUUCGGUGUCAGGCAGGGUUCAUACAUCCGACGAGGAGGCCGAUGAGGAGCAUGUGACAGAGACGGCUGAUGCCCCCACUCCAGAUACGGCAGCGGGAGACGAGGAUGCAGUUGAACCAGAGUCGCCUCAUCGUCGAUGGGAGGAGAGGGGGACUAAGAAGAGGCGGCGGGAGGAGUUGGAGGGGGUGGAAAACGAUGAUUUGGCCAUGGAUGACCUCGUCGAGGAGGUGACUGUUGGGCAGCGCUUUAGCAUUCACUUCCACCAUGUCAUGGUGCGCAAUGCGACACUCGCAAAACUAGGUCUCCCCAUGAGUGCUGAGGAUGUGGCAGCCGAGCUCGCCCUCGCUGCUGACCAUUGGGUGGGUCUACAUGCCGGUUGUGCUAGGGGGGAUGUCCUUCCUCGUUGCGUGAAGGACAACUGGGGCCCUGAGAGUGCCGUGUACGAGCCUGACUCUGAGACCCACAGGGCAGUGAAAGAGUGGCUGGCCACUCACUGUAGCGCAGAACAGAUGCGACCCUACGUGCUUGGGGCAGGGAGUUGGCUGAACGAAUCAUUCCACUCCCUCAUCUGCAAGUAUGCUCCCAAGCGCGUCAGGUUCUCGGAUUACGAGGUCGAUACGGAGCCAUCUCGCGCAUCUCUGGGUCAAAUGAAGAAACGCAAGCGUGACGGUGGGAGAUCAAGAUGUGGGCAUGCACUAGCGUGGCAGCGUGUUCAAGUGGAUGAUAAUGCCACAGGAAAACGACAUCAGAAACGGGGUUCUCACUCUUCUCAACGUGCCAACGCAGGGCUGGUGCAGGAUCGGGUAGCAGCGGUGGCACUGGCAUAUUUGAUCGAAUAA